CUCCCUUUCCUUCGGCGGCUGCUCCUCUCUCUCUCUUUCGCUGCGGCUCUCGCGACUCAUCCUCCCCAUCCCAAAACCCUCGAAAAGCAAAGGCGGCGGCGCGACAUGGCAGAGGUCGAAGCUGCGCUCCCGGUGGCGGCGACAGAGACCCCGGAGGUCGCCGCCGAGGGCGACGCGGGUGCGGCCGAGGCGAAGGGGCCGCACAAGCUGCAGCGGCAGUGGACCUUCUGGUACGACAUCCAGACCAAGCCCAAGCCCGGCGCCGCCUGGGGCACCUCGCUCAAAAAGGGCUACACCUUCGACACCGUCGAAGAGUUCUGGUGCUUGUAUGAUCAGAUUUUCCGUCCGAGUAAGCUGGUAGGAAGUGCUGAUUUUCAUUUAUUCAAGGCUGGGGUAGAACCGAAGUGGGAAGAUCCAGAGUGCGCAAAUGGAGGCAAAUGGACUGUGAUAUCUAGCAGGAAGACCAAUCUUGAUACCAUGUGGCUUGAAACGUGUAUGGCUCUGAUUGGAGAGCAGUUCGAUGAAAGCCAGGAAAUUUGUGGUGUUGUUGCUAGUGUCCGCCAGAGACAGGAUAAGCUUUCAUUAUGGACUAAGACUGCCAGUAACGAAGCUGUUCAGGUGGACAUUGGCAAGAAAUGGAAGGAGGUUAUUGACUACAAUGAUAAGAUGGUCUACAGCUUCCACGAUGACUCAAGAAGUCAGAAACCAAGCAGAGGUGGACGAUACACCGUCUAAGGCUGCACACAUGAUGAAGACCGCAGCUUGGAAAAGUGGCCGUGUAGUGUUUUACCGAGAUUCGAACCGCCUCAGCUAAUGUUGUUUGAGGCAAUUUUCCAAUCUACUAUGUCGUUUUGCUCUCUGAUUGCUUGUGGUAUGCAGAGAUGUCGUAUGCACUCAAUUUUCCUCGCAAUAUCCCUUGAUUUUAACAACCCAGAGGAGGAACCCCACCUUGUGUGGGAAGUGGGAUGCAUCAUCACUGUUUUAAGCAUAUAUUUGCCUUUGUGCAAGACUUAGGUAUUGGCUGUUUAGUCCACAUUUGUGGGCUCCGAAAAGCUGGCAGGAAAAAAAAAUGAAUUUUGCGGUUCGAAGUUGA